CUUAAGGACCCAGGGCGCCGGAUUCUGCAGCCAUGGAAACGAAGCACCUCACGACGCUCGUGUUAACGUUAUGUGACAUAGAACGAAGUAAUGAGUGGCGUUGGGUUUAAGUCGGUGACUUUUUACUCGAAUAAAGUGCCGUUUUCCUCAACUCCGGCGCUGACUGGAUGACAACCGGCGAAACUCUGCCCACUAACCCAGGUGACAGCCUCCACAAAGCGCCCCCUCCCCCUCGGAGAUGUAGCCGUCUGUGGAUGACAGCAGAGCCGGAGGACCGAAACAAGUGUUCGAGCCGCCCAUCCGCAAAGUAGCCGGGACGGAGCACGGACGCAGCCCACCCACGGUGGCCUGUUAUUUAGCGGCGCCUCACCCGCUCUAAGCCGCUAACCAGGACGACGCGAGGAAGCUAACGCCGAUCUGAGCUCAGUGCGACCGGCUUCUCCCGCUGCGGCAGCGCGAUCACCUGGAUGCGAUGAGCGACCCGGUCGUGGACAGCAAGGUGGAGGUGAAGCAAGGCACCAAAUAUGUCAAAGAGACCGAAAACGUGGCGGAGAAGUACUCGGUGAUGACGGUCAGCAAGAACAGCAGCGACGUGAACAUGAACGUCGGGGAGAUGCCGUCCGCGGCGUUCACCGCAGUGCCCACUCUGAAAUCCGUGAAGAAGAUUCAGUUUGCGAAUGCAGAGGACAAGCAGGAGUUCAGCAAGUACCCGACCAAGGCGGGCCGCCGCUCCCUGUCCCGGUCCAUUUCCCAGUCCUCCACAGACAGCUACAGCUCAGCUGCGUCCUACACCGACAGCUCGGAUGACGAGACCUCCCCCCGGGACAAAGCCCAGGUCAACUCCCACGGCAGCAGCGACUUCUGUGUGAAGAACAUCAAACAGGCCGAGUUUGGCCGCAGGGAAAUCGAAAUCGCAGAACAAGACAUGUCUGCCCUGAUCUCCCUGAGGAAGCGAGCCCAGGGGGAGAAACCACUGGCCGGGGCCAAGAUAGUCGGCUGCACCCAUAUCACUGCUCAGACAGCAGUCCUGAUUGAGACUCUGGUAGCCCUCGGUGCCCAGUGCCGUUGGACUGCCUGUAACAUCUACUCCACCCAGAACGAGGUGGCCGCCGCGCUCGCUGAGACAGGAGUCCCCGUGUUCGCGUGGAAGGGCGAGUCAGAGGACGACUUCUGGUGGUGUAUUGAUCGCUGCGUCAACACUGAGGGCUGGCAGGCCAAUAUGAUCCUUGAUGACGGUGGAGAUUUAACACACUGGGUGUACAAGAAGUAUCCCAGCGUCUUCAAGAAGGUUCGAGGCAUCGUGGAGGAAAGCGUCACCGGGGUGCACAGACUGUACCAGCUGUCGAAGGCGGGCAAGCUGUGCGUCCCCGCCAUGAACGUCAACGACUCGGUCACCAAGCAGAAGUUCGACAACCUGUACUGCUGCCGUGAAUCCAUCCUGGACGGCUUGAAGAGGACCACAGACAUCAUGUUUGGUGGAAAACAGGUCGUGGUGUGUGGUUAUGGAGAGGUGGGGAAAGGCUGCUGCACCGCUCUUAAGGCCCUCGGAGCCAUCGUGUGCAUCACAGAGAUUGACCCCAUCUGUGCUCUGCAGGCGUGCAUGGACGGCUUCCGUGUGGUCAAGCUGAGCGAGGUCAUUCGGCAGAUGGACGUGGUGAUAACUUGCACUGGCAACAAGAAUGUUGUUACCAGAGAACAGCUUGACCGUAUGAAGAACGGCUGCAUCGUCUGCAACAUGGGACAUUCUAAUACAGAGAUUGACGUGGCAAGCCUCCGCAGCCCUGAGCUGACCUGGGAGAGGGUUCGCUCUCAGGUCGACCACAUCAUCUGGCCUGAUGGAAAGCGGGUCAUCCUGCUGGCAGAGGGUCGCCUCCUAAACCUCAGCUGCUCCACAGUGCCUACAUUUGUGUUGUCCAUAACUGCCACCACUCAGGCUCUGGCCUUGAUUGAGCUGUUCAAUGCUCCGGAAGGACGUUACAAACAGGACGUGUAUCUUCUGCCCAAGAAGAUGGACGAGUACGUGGCCAGUCUGCACCUGCCGAACUUCGAUGCCCAUCUGACAGAGCUGUCUGACGAACAGGCCAAGUACAUGGGCCUGAACAAGAACGGGCCUUUCAAACCUAAUUAUUACAGGUAUUAAUGAGGGAGUCUGACUGCGGAUCCUCAGCGCGUAGUGGCCCUGGGAUGAACAGAGAUAUCUAUUUUAUUUUCUAAAUUGCUACAUAACGAAGGAAUUAUUUUACUUAUGCUGAAUGUAACUUCAUAAUAGUAAUUCAGGCAUACUGUAGUAUUAAAUACAGAAAUAAGAGGUAGGAGCUAGGAAACAUAAACUGUAUAACCAACUAACACUAGGUCUUGUCAUGUUAAAAACAAAGCCUCCUUGCAUGCUCUCAUGUGUAUGUACUCGCUUGCGUUAUUAGAUAACACGGCUGUUGAUUUGUUUACCUUAUUUACACACGGUGCCAAAUAAUGGCCAUGAGAAUGGAACAGGAGAUACCAUUUUAUUUGUGUGUCGGUAGCGUCAUGAUGUUAUUAGUACAUUUCAUGAAUCUGAGUUUAGCGUCAGAGGCACAGCUGUUUUACUGUGUGCAUUUGGUCAGAUGUUAGGUUUUCUUUGCUUUGAAUGGUAUCUGCAUACGCGCCCUAAUGUGUGACAUCCAGUCGCCUUUUACAGCAUAGAAACAAAUUAGCCUACGUGACACUUCUGACUCAUGAUUUUGCCAUUUAACAGUCAUCCUAAAAUGACCCUAAACAACCGAGAGCUUCUCCUGAACAAAUGAAUGGUCAAGGAAUGUUAGUGGUGUGACGUCGCAGCGUAUGUUACAUGCAGUGGGCUUGUUUUAUUCCUAAAAAGGAGUCGGACGAGGUUCAGGGGAAGGUUCAAACUACUUUGCUCAGUCCAAUACCAGCUGUGGAUCUGAUCUGAGUGGUCGACUGGAUAUUACUUUUAGGGCCUUCGUAUGAAUGUGCCUUUAAAAUCAUUUAUAGCAUGAAUAUGAGUCCUGACCUUAAUUACCUGAACAUUCCUUUUUGUAAUACCACAUCUAUUAGUGAUAGAUUUAAUGUCUUCCUUCCACGCAGUGUAUCUAUAUAUAACCUAAUGUAUGAACUGUCAGACUUGUUUUAAUUCAAUGAAACCUUACAAAGUAUUUAAUGUGAUCACAAUGCACAAGUGUAUGUAAAUGAAUGCAUUAUAUCAGCAAUAAAGCAAAUCCUUUUAACAGAGAAAAAGAA